AUGGCGGCACCAGCGGUGAUUCUAAAAUACAGGGAGCCCCGCCGCCGCAGCCGCCAAUUUUGUAAAAAACCCGCAACCAAGAAAUUGUUAAAGUUUGUUUGUGGUGGUCCACGAGGAAGUAGUCACUCGCUCAGCAGCAUCGCGUGGGUUUAUGCUGAGUCAGAGAGUGAUACAAACUUUGCUUUGUUAUCACAGUUUCAUGCGUAG